AGCUGCUGUUUUUCCACACGCUUUAAAGGACAAAGGGAGUUGAUGAACAUUUUUAUCACAUCUUCCAGGACGGACAAAUUUAAGGCUGUCAAUUCUUUAAUUUAAAGGAUAGAAGAAGGAACAACCAAAACAAUCAUUUUAAAAUCCCACAAUAAGAAAUGUCUGACCGGAGGAAGAGAAGGAAAUGUGCAACAAAGACCAGAUCACCUGAAGAGCAAACAGUUUGUUCCCAGAAGAAUGGAGCGGAGCCAGCAGGCCUCAGCGGCGUCUCUGUUAGAAGUGAGAGGUCAAAGGGUAUGCCAAUCAACUUUAGAAAAGCCAGAUCAAAAUGUCAGAAAUUCAGCAAGGAGCUGACCAGCUGCUCAGUAUGUCAAAAGGUUGUGGAGGAUUUGCUUUAUUUUAUUUGUGGACAUCCAUCAUGUAAGAAGUGUUUGAGUUUGAGCCUGACUGACUUACCGACAGACUCGCCCUGCAAAAAGUGUGGAGACACAUUUAUGAAAAACACACUCAAAGACGGAGGUAACAGUGUCUUUCUGGAAGCAAAGGUGAAUCUUAAAAAAGCAAUGAAAAAUAAAUUCACUAUGACGUCUGAAGGUAAUGGUGAUCAUCACAGCUCCCUCAAAAGCAUCUACACAACCCUAUUCAUCACUGCUGGAGAUAAUGAUGGACGACAUGUGGAACAUGAGUACAGACAGCUUAAAAAUGCUCAUAAAAACCAACCAUUGCAUGACUCUACAGUCAACCUCAGUGAGCUCUUCCAAUCGGUGCCUGCCCAGGAGAAACCCAACAGGACAAUCCUGACAAAGGGAGUUGCAGGAAUUGGAAAAUCCUUUGCUGUUCAGAAGUUCAUUCUUGAUUGGGCUGAAGAGGAAACAAACCAAGAUAUUGAUUUUGUUUUCAGUCUUGCUUUUCGAGAGUUAAAUUUGAGUGUAGGAGAGAAAAGCCUCCAUGAGCUGCUGACUGAGUUUCAUCCAUCUCUCCGACCUCUGAAAGAUUCCCAGGAUUACGCCAAAACAAAGAUCAUAGUGAUCCUUGAUGGUCUGGAUGAAAACAGAUAUCAGUUGGACUUUCAGAAAUCAGACAAAGUAACUACUCCUGAUGAUGUAGCUUCUGUAGGUGAUCUUGUUGUAAACCUGAUCCAGGGUAACCUCCUUCCUGAUGCAAACAUCUGGUUAACGUCCCGACCAGCAGCAGCCAGUCAGAUCCCUGCAGAGUACAUCGACAUGGUGACAGAGAUAAGGGGGUUCACUGAUGCUCAGAAAGUGGAAUAUUUCACAAAGAGAUUUGGUGAUGAUUCUAGUCUCACUGAAAGGAUAACAUCCCAUAUUCAGUCCUCACAAUCCCUGGACAUCAUGUGCCAGAUCCCAGUCUUCUGUUGGAUUUCUGCUGUCUUAUUCCAGGAAGUCUUCAGCAGAAAUGAAGAGACUGAAAUCCCCCAGACUCUUACAGAGUUAAUGGCACAUUUUGUCUUCGCUCAGACAAAACGUAGAAGCAGAAAGUAUGACAUGAACCCUGAGAGAAAUAGAGAGAAGCUCCUGGAGACUCACAGAGAAUUUCUUCUGAAACUUGGGAAACUCGCGUUUGUCCAGCUUCAAGAAAACCAAGUGAUCUUCUAUGAGGAAGACCUGAAAGAUUGUGGCAUUGAUGUCGGAGAAGCAAUAAUCUACUCUGGUUUAUGUAACACUGUUCUCCAGGAAGAGGAAGUCUCCUCCCAGAAAAAAGUCUUCUUCUUUGUGCAUCUGACUCUUCAAGAGUUCUUUGCUGCUCUGCACGUCUAUGAAUGCUUGAAAACCAAGAAAACCAACGAACUUGGGAAGUUCCUUUGUGUGGAAAACAAAGACAUUCCUUUACUUGAGCUUCUAAAGAUGACAGUUAACAAAGUGCUGGAGAAGAAGAAUGGUUAUUUAGACUUUUUCUUGCGAUUCCUGCUUGGCCUGAUGGUUGAACCCAAUCAGGGAUUCCUUCAAGGUCUGUUGACUCCCCUUGAUGAAUGGGAUGACACAGACAAGAAAAUCUUAACUUACUUGAGUUCAAUUACAAAAAAGCCAUCUCUCCGGAUAGCUGUAUCACCAUCUUCCAGACCAUGACUGAAAUGAGAGAUCACAAAGUCAAAGAUGAGAUUCAGGAAUUUCUCAAACUGUCUGAUCAUUCAAAAAUGGAACUGGCUCCUUUGCACUGCUCUGCUUUGGCCUACAUGCUGCAGGCCUCCAAGAAUUAUCUGGAUUUACUGGAUCUGAAG